AUGUCGGCCUCUGCGCGCUUGACAAGAAACCUCUGCCGGCAAGCCGCUGCUGCCCCGGCACAGGCACCGACCGCGCGCCUCCAACAAGCCUGCGGUAUCAGGUGCCUCUCAUCAGCUGCACCAACUAGGUUACGCCGUCCCAACGCCCGCUCGUCAGCCGGCUGCUCACUUCGCGCGGGAGCAGCAGCCCGAAGACCGCUGUCGACGACUCCGACCCGGUUCUACGCUGAAGCCGAUGAAUCCUUCGACCCAGGAAGCAUUGAACGCGAGAGCGACGAGGUGGAUGUUUGUAUCGUUGGGGGCGGCCCCGCAGGUCUCUCUGCUGCUAUUCGGUUAAAACAGCUAGCCAACGAGGCGGGAAACGAGGACUUCAGGGUGCUACUACUGGAGAAGGCCGGUGAGCUGGGAGCCCACAUCCUCUCGGGUGCCGUGAUUGAGCCGACAGCCAUCAACGAGCUCAUCCCUGACUGGUUGAGCGAGGAAAAUGGGAAUCGCUUCACGGGCGCAACUCCGGCCGGCAAGGACAGGAUGCGCUUCCUGACCAAAAACAGGGCGAUUCCUGUGCCGACGCCGCCACAGACGCACAACGACGGCAACUACAUUAUCAGCUUGAACGAGUUUACAAAAUGGCUCGGCGAGCGCGCCGAGGAGAUUGGCGUCGAGGUAUAUCCUGGGUUUGCCGCUAGCGAGGUGCUGUUCAAGGCCGACGGGAGCGUUAAGGGCGUGGCCACCAACGACCUAGGCAUUGGGCGCAACGGGAAACCCAAGGAUACGUUUGAGCGGGGGAUGGAGUUCCACGCCCGCGUCACGCUCUUUGGCGAGGGAUGCCACGGCAGCCUGAGCAAGCAGGUCAUCAAGAAAUUUGACUUGCGGCGCAACAGCCAGCCGCAGACGUACGGUCUUGGCCUCAAAGAGGUUUGGGAGGUGCAGCCAGAGAAGUUCCGCAGAGGCGAGAUCACGCAUUCGCUGGGUUACCCGGUCCCUUCGGACACGUACAGCGGCGCCUGGAUGUACCACUUUGGUGACAACCUCGUCAGUAUCGGUCUGGUCGUCGCCCUCGAUUACUCCAACCCCUGGCUCUCGCCAUACGGAGAGUUUCAGAAGCUCAAGCAGCAUCCCUUAUACCGGGAAGUCCUUGAAGGUGGUAAAUGCAUUUCAUAUGGCGCACGUGCACUGAUAGAGGGUGGUUUCCAGUCCAUUCCCAAGGUGGCCUUCCCCGGCGGCGCGUUGAUCGGCGACUCGGCCGGCCUCGUCAACGUGCCCAAGGUCAAGGGAACCCACAAUGCCAUGAAGUCGGGCAUGCUGGCGGCCGAGGCAGCCUGGAACGCGCUCAAGGACGGGGAUAGCGGCUCCGUGUUUCUGUACGACUACGAAGACUCGCUCCGCAAGUCUUCCAUCUGGAAGGAGCUGAAGGAAGUCCGCAACAUGCGGCCUUCAUUCCACACUCCCCUGGGCAUCUACGGCGGCAUACUCUACUCGGGCCUGGAGGCAUUUGUCCUCAAGGGCCGUGUGCCCUGGACGCUCAAACACAAGGUGCCCGAUCACCUAGCCACCAAGCCGGCGGACCAGUGCCCCAAGAUCGAGUACCCCAAACCCGACGGCAAGAUUACAUUUGACAUACUCACCAGCGUCUCCCGCACCGGCACCAACCACGAGGAAGACCAGCCGGUGCACCUGCAGGUCGAGGACUGGGACCGCCACACGGCCGAGACGUAUCCCCCGUUUAAAGGGCUCGAGAACAGGUUCUGCCCGGCGGGCGUGUAUGAGUAUGUCGAGGACGAGAGCAAGCCCGAGGGCGUGAGGUUCCAGAUCAAUGCGCAAAAUUGCAUCCACUGCAAGACGUGCGAUAUCAAGGCGCCCAACCAGGACAUCAACUGGCAAGUACCGCAAGGUGGCGAAGGGCCCAAGUACUAUAAGACAUGA